CUGCAGGUGGUGGCGGAAACCGGAAAGGCAAGAGUAAGAAAUGGCGCCAGAUGCUGCAGUUCCCCCACAUCAGCCUCUGUGAGGAUCUUCGACAAACCCUUGAGCGGGACUACCACAGCCUGUGCGAGAAACAGCCCAUUGGGCACAUGCUCUUUCGGCAGUUCUGCGAGACACGACCUGAGCUGUCACGCUGCGUCAAGUUCCUGGAUGCCGUGGCAGGGUACGAAGUGGCUCCAGAUGAGAAGCGGAAGGAAUGCGGGCAGCACCUGAUUGAAAAGUACUUGAAGCCAAACAGUGAGGACCAUGUGCCUGAAGUCCCCUCGCAGCUGGUGGAUGCCUGUUGUGAGAGGCUGGAACAGGAAUCUUCCAAGGAGCUCUUCAAGGAAUCCACUAAGCUUAUCCACGACUACCUGAGUGUGGCUCCCUUUGCUGACUACCUCGACAGCUUGUACUUCAACCGCUUCCUGCAGUGGAAAUGGCUGGAACGGCAGCCAGUGACCAAAAACACUUUCCGCCAGUACCGUGUGCUGGGCAAGGGCGGUUUUGGGGAGGUUUGUGCCUGCCAAGUGCGUGCCACAGGCAAGAUGUAUGCCUGCAAGAAGCUGGAGAAGAAGCGGAUCAAAAAGCGGAAAGGAGAGGCCAUGGCCCUGAAUGAGAAACAGAUCCUGGAAAAAGUGAACAGUAGGUUUGUAGUGAGCUUAGCCUAUGCAUAUGAAACUAAAGAUGCUCUCUGCCUAGUGCUGACCCUCAUGAAUGGAGGGGACCUCAAGUUCCAUAUCUACCACAUGGGAGAGGCUGGCUUCGAGGAGCCCCGGGCAGCUUUCUACGCUGCCGAGAUCUGCUGUGGCCUCGAGGACUUGCACCAGGAGAGGAUAGUGUACAGGGACCUGAAGCCAGAGAACAUAUUGCUAGAUGACCACGGUCACAUCCGUAUCUCAGACCUGGGACUAGCUGUCCACGUGCCAGAGGGCCAAACGAUCAAGGGCCGAGUAGGGACAGUUGGCUACAUGGCUCCAGAGGUGGUGAAGAAUGAGCGCUAUACAUUCAGCCCAGACUGGUGGGCUCUGGGCUGCCUGGUGUAUGAGAUGAUCGAGGGACAGUCCCCCUUCCAGCAGCGCAAGAAGAAGAUCAAGCGGGAGGAGGUGGAGCGGCUGGUGAAGGAAGUGCAGGAGGAGUACUCAGAGAAGUUCUCGCCCUGCGCCCGCUCACUCUGCACCAUGCUCCUGUGCAAAGACCCUCUGGAGCGCCUGGGGUGCCGAGGAGCUGGGGCCAAGGAAGUGAAGGAGCACCCUCUCUUCAAGCAUCUCAACUUCAGGAGGCUGGAAGCAGGCAUGCUGGACCCCCCCUUCAAGCCAGAUCCCCAGGCCAUCUACUGCAAGGAUGUUCUGGACAUCGAACAGUUCUCCACAGUGAAAGGAGUGGAGCUGGAGCCCACGGACAAUGACUUCUACCAGAAGUUUGCUACAGGAAGCGUUCCCAUUCCUUGGCAGAAUGAGAUGAUUGAGACGGAGUGUUUUAAGGAACUGAAUGUCUUUAGCACAGACGGCACAGUGCCCCCAGACCUAGACUGGAAAGGGCAGCCUUCUCCACAGCCCAAAAAAGGGUUACUCCAGCGCUUGUUCAGCCGACAGAGGUGAGCAGUCUGUCCUGGCUGCUCUGCUCAGGGAAAUACCCGGUGGCCCGCGGACAUGGCAAGAUCUGGGAAAGAGGAGUGUUGUCCUUCAGUGCCUAUCCCUCUCCCCCAGCAGAGCACAAGCUGCUUGUUGUUCUAACUGCCCCCUGAGCCACUAAUCCCGCUUCCCUGCUCUCGCUGCCUUCGUGAGGGAGGCCUUGCCCUCAGCUUGAGCCAAAGCUGCCCCUGCAGCGCCGCUGCUGGGAGCUCUGCUCCCAGGGGUCUGUGGGAAGUUCCCUUCACUCCUCUCUUCAGAUAUGCAGGACACAGUGAAGGGUUGAGAAACUGUGAAGGGUUUGGCAUUGCCCCGUGCUCAGGCUCCCUCCCGUUCCGGCAAAAAGGGCUUCAGCUGCUUCUGUGGCCGGCUGAGCCCUGAGCGGGGCAGAUCGUCUGUGCUGGCACUGAGCUGUCUCCCUGGGUGGCUGUAGUCCAUGGAGCCCUUCUUCCCAGCUUCUGAGCUAGUCAGCUGUGUGCUCACCAGUCUGUCUGCCAGGAGCUGAACCCCCAGAUGCAGCUUGACUGUUUCUCUGCAGCCUGGGGGUCCCCUCCAGCCCCUUGCCUCCAUGUAGCUUGCCCAUGCACAGGCUUGGGGGGUGGUCCCUGGCCCUUCCCUGCCAGAGGGCAGCUGUAGGCUGGGUUGUGUGACCAUGCUCACCCUCUGCUUGCUGUGCUCCUCUCUCUCCCUCCUCCCUCUCCUUGCCCUUCUGACUUCAGGACUGUUGUGGAAACUGCAGCGACAGCGAGGAAGAGCCCACCCGGCUGUAGAGCACAGCUCGAUCUCCAGCCCCGGGGACCCCCUUGCCUCUCUGGGUGCCCAGCAGAACAACAGCCCAGCCUGAAGGACAAGGUAGCAGUGGGCCCACAAGGUGGAUUUGUUUACAGCUUUACACGUCUGUAUCUGAAGACUGUGAGGAUGGCUACAGGCCUGGCGGCAGCAGGCAGCUCGGGCCGGGGUGCCUCUGGCCCGGGGACAAGCCCUCGUCCCCGAGAGAGACCUGGACACUUGUGAAUCUGCCGCUUGGGACUGUGCUCCUGCCGCCCGCCGGCUGCCGCUCCCCUCCCGGGCCCAGGGUGGGAGGGAGGGAUUGUGCCGGCGUGGGCCGAGGCCAGGCUGGAGCAGCUCUGCUUGACACAUUCCACGGUGCCGAAGUGGCGCUGCAGGUUUGGUGUAUAUUUAUAUAUGUCAGUCUGUACAUAUCACAUGUCAUUUUUUUAAUCUAUAGGUGGGGGCCCGCACUGCCCCCACCCUGUCACAGCCACAAAUGUCCUCCUAUGGGGGGAGCGACAGUCCCAGCUUUGUACCGGGGAGUCCUGGGCAGAGGCCUUCUGUGCCUUGAGGUGCCUAAAGCAUCUUUCCUGGACCUUUCUGGCCGUGCUGAGGCGUCCCUGGCUCCAGCGGAGUCCAUUGCUCAGCCCCCAGGCGCAGGCAAGCGCUGUGCCAAAGCGUCUACCAUUGCAUCCUGGCAGCAGAACGUCACUGCCUCAUCCCUGCUUCCCUGUCUGCCGGAGCCUGCUUCCUCCUGCCUCGUCUCGCACAUGCUGCCAGCUCCGGGGAGCUGAUCCCGGCCCCCUCUUCAGACCGCUGGCAGGAUGCUGGUGGCACAGUGGGACACAGCUCAGAAGGUACCCGCUGCUGGGUCCAAAGGGUCAGUCUGAUCCCCAGAGUGGUGCAGGAUGGCCCCGGCCCAGUCCCACCAGCUCCAGACCAGCCAUCUGUGUCUGCUGAGGGUGCCGCAGUCCCCAGUCCCACAGCUCGGUGUCAGAGGACACAUAAGGGACCCUGCUCUCAGGGAGCAAAGCUGUGGUAAAGGGAAUGUCCCUUCCUGGGGUCAUGCUGUCAGCUGUGACCCAAGAGGGAGCAGGGUUGGCAUCAGUUUGUCCCCUGUUGUACCAGCUCAGUCUGUGUGUCCCCAGGGGUCCCGGGGAGCCAGCACAGCUCCUGUGCCCCAGGACAGGGCAGGAGUGGUGAGGCUGGAGUCCCCUGGUGUCCCUGGGGAGCAGCGUAGGGCUCAGCGCGCCUCUCCCUUCUGCUGGUCAUGUCCCCUCUUGUGCACACUCGUCCCAGCUGUGUCCCGAGCAAUAACUUGUCUGUGUGUGUGUGUGUGUGUGUAUGCGCACAUGUGUGUGCACAUGUGCGUGCUGCUGCCUCGUGCUCCUUCUGAGCCAGGCCCCCCGGGGGGGCUGAGCACCUACUUGGACCUGUGGUAUCAUGUGCUUGCCUUGCACUAAAGUUGGAGAGUAUUUAAAUUUUUAACCUUUUGUUAAGUGUAA